GUUUCAUUACUUUAAUUCGUAACUUUUGUUUUGUUUUCUCUUCACAGACGUUUAUUAAAAAAAUAAAGAUUCAUCUACAAGUCACAACAUGCCCUAUAGGUUAUAAAUUGUAAGUCGCUUUGGAUAAAAGCGUCUGCUAAAUAAAUAAACAUAAAUAAACAUAAACAUAAGUUUGAGACUCGGAUCAGAGCCAUCCAGGCGCCCUCCUUCUGUGAUGGGGGAUGUUGCUCCAGUUUGCCAGGAGGAGGAUCCAGCUGCAGCUCCCAGCUCCGGGGAGUCUAUGGAUCUGGAGUGUCCCAUCUGUUACCAAGAGUACAACCAGCACAACAAAUGCCCCCGCAUGCUGGAGUGCCUCCAUGUUUUCUGCACAGAAUGCCUCCAGAGGAUCCAGCUGACUACCCAUGAACCCGGUGGCUCCUCCACCUCACUAGCCAUCCCCUGUCCUCUUUGUCGCCACCUGACCCCUUCAGAAACCGGGGAUGCCCUCACCCUACCCUGCAACUCCCGCAUCCUGUCCAGGCUGCCCCAGGUGGACGUCCAGACACCUGCUUCUGCUCUGGCCACAGUCACUCAGAGAGUGGUGCUCUCUCUAGACAGCAACGGCAGGGACAGCCGCUUCAUCAUCCUGCCCACCGUAAGCCUGCGGGUGCAGCAGAUGCACCCGGACAGGCCGUACGGGGCGGUGCCGGGCCUGGUGUCUGAGCAGGGGGUCAUACAGCAGAGCAAGAAGACGCUGUUGUGUGUGCAGCUGCUGGCUGUUGUCUUCUGGGUGUUGUUUGUGAUCACCUGUGUGGUGGGUGUGGUCUUUGGACCACAUUUGUUCAAGAAGAGUUUCUGAUUUCAUGUUCAAAGCAAAUGGAGGCCCAUGCAGUCAGACAUAUGCCUUUACUGGUAUAAACGGCUUGUUUUUAUGAAGGAUUAUUUUGAUUUGAUACUAACUCUGUAUCCAAAUUAACUAGUCAUUUCAUCUCCUAAAACACCUCAGUGCCCUUGAUGUUUUU